UACAAGCUCUCUGGCAGAAGUUCACUCUUAACACAAUAGCAACACAAAGAGAGAAGUACCACCACAGAAACAGCAUCCGGCCAAGUUUAGUUGGUAGAUUUUUCUAAACUGCAAGAGGACUCUAAAGAUCAGACUUGUGCACAGUAUGGUGGCCUACACGACUGCACCUGGUGAUGUGGAGAUGGGUCCUGAGGAGAGGACGGUGGUGUUGGUGGAAAAGAAAUCCUCUGCUGUUCGGAUAUGGAAGGUGUCCGUGGCCCUUCUCACUGUGGCCCUUUGUACAGGAGGUGUCCUGCUGUUUGCUUGGUACUGGAGCGGAAAGCCAGACAUCACGAUGCAAUCAGGCCAAAGAGAAGCACUAAUCAAGUCGGACACUGCUGAGAAAACAGAUCCCCACUACACUUUGAGUCGAAUCGGCAGCAAAGCCAAGGCAGCAAUCCACUUAGAGGGUAACUACGAAGACUGCGAGAGUUCGAAACACCAGCUCGAGUGGAGAAACGGUCAAGGCCAGGCGUUUGCUCAGGGCGGCUUCAAACUGGUGAACAACCAGAUCAUUAUCCCACAAACUGGCCUCUACUUCGUCUACAGCCAGGCGUCGUUCAGAGUCUCCUGCAGCAAUGGCGAUGAGAAGGGAGCGGGAAGGCGCCUCAUGCCUCUCAGCCACAGGAUCUGGCGCUACUCAGACUCCAUAGGCAGCAAAGCCUCGCUGAUGAGCGCCGUGAGGUCAGCGUGUCAGAGCACGGCACAGGAGGACAGCGACGGAGACGGAAAGGGCUGGUACAACGCCAUUUAUCUGGGCGCAGUGUUUCAGCUGAACAAAGGAGACCGACUGUGGACAGAAACCAACCAGCUUUCAGAGCUGGAGACCGACGAGGGCAGAACCUUCUUUGGUGUGUUUGCACUUUGAAAUGACUCUUUAAUGUGAAACAAAGAAAGUCGAUACGAAGCUCUGCAGAUGCCAUACGUUUUGGCUUUUUUUUAAUGUAUUUUGUUUUUAAUUAUUAUUCAUCUUCACAAUGAAGUGUUUAAAUCUCAAUGGAGAUAAAGCUUGUAGCCAAACAGGCGGUACUGAUUUUUUAUUUUUAUGUUUUUAAAUCCUAUAAACUGUAACAGUUUGCAAUAUUAUUUCUAUUUUAGGCACUUUUUGUACAUUAUUUAUGCUGACCUGAGAUUGUAGACUUUCUCUGCUGUAUCAGAUAUAGACACAGCUCUUCGUUGAGAGAGUUUAGGAUUAUGUACAGAACUGUUAUCACGUACUUUUACAACCUGUGUAUUUAUUUGUAUUUAUUUAUAUUUAAAUUGUUGGGAUUAGGUUUUUAAGAUUCUAUUUAUAUACUUUAUGUGCACAUACAUUGAAUUAAAAUGUGAAAAAAAGUCACAA